CAUCGCCGCCGACUCUCCUCGAGUACCGAAACAAGGACUGGUUUUGUCUCCCCUAAUGGAAGUGAGACCUACAUAAUCGAUUUGUACUGCUUCUUGAACUUCUAACGAACCCCUGCACUUUCCGGAACGGGACGUCACACAUCGGAAGUGCGAAGCGGCACGAGAGGGGGACAUCCCAAUCCUAACCGAUUCAUCCACCAUCUAUCUGCCUCGAAACAGGCUCUGCACCGGCCUACCUUUCGUGCUCGGACGGUCCUUCGGAUCAUGCCCGCAUUACCACGUCCGACAUGAACGAAUUCGUUGUCUAGAUAUUCGAGCCAUCUCCCUGCUUUCUGCACGACGUUUUCCCCGACGCGACCGUCGGCGCAACCUCCAUGGAUCGUUCGGGAUCCUCAUUCCCUGCCCCUCGUCGGGUGAUGACUGCGCCGCAGGCCUUUCUUUCCAGCGCAUCGUCCUCUUCGUCAUCGCAGUCGGCCGCCGGUCUCGUUGAGACGCUCUACAACCACCCAAACGUCAAGAUCAUCGCAUUUACCGCGUCGGGCCGCGGAAGGGCGAGGAGUCCCGGGCGUGCCCCUGCCGAAGAGGAGCCGGGUACUCUGGACUGGUCAUCACAGCUUGAAAGGACGAUUGCGGUUGGUCCCUUCCGAAUCUACCGCGCCCCCGGGUCUGUCGCCUUCCUCAACUGCGGUUCCGCUCUGCAACCCAUCCUUCCCAGAAGCCAAUGCUGGUGCAUAGAUGAAGAGUCGAGCAAGUUCAUUCUACAAAUUCGCCGCCCCAAUUACUGGAGAAUUGAGGUCCCCGUUGGCGAACCGGAUGAAUGCGACCUUGCCCAGGCCCUGCGCCGCGUCUUGGACCGGAUCUUGCAGUUCGAGAAGACGGCGUGUCCUUUCAAACGACCCUUCUCCGUCCCGCUUCCCGAGAGGCCGAAUCUCCCCGUAAAAAAACGACCGUGGACUCCCGUCCGCCGAUCACUGCCUCCCUUGCCCGUUCCGCUUCCCGAGGCAUCGCCGUCUCCCUCCACAACAUAUAGAUCUCUGAGGGAAUCAUCCUCUUUGUCCCAGCUCAGGGAACAGGAGGAAACAUUACCAUUGGCAGAGCGACAGACCACACUAGAAAAGGAAUAUGUACAGCGAAUCGUCGAGUCUGAAGAAACCAAUGGCAAACCAGUGCCAGUGCCAGUGCCUGGGGACGACCAGACGACUACCCACGCAGCCGAACAACGAGAAGGGGAGAGAGGAGACACGGAAGGCCCCGCCAACGCACAUGAAUGCUUAGCAGUGAGCGGCAGACCAGUCGGGGUCGAGGCGAUCGUAUUCGCCAUGGAAGUCUUGAAUGCAAGUACUUCUGCAUCAAAGGCGGAAGUUGAAACCACUAAGACUGCGAAAAGCGAUGUUGGUGACGCAAGCGCAGCAUCCGAAUUGACCAGGAUAUUACCGGACAUGGAGGAGAAGAGGAGCGCCGUGACUGAAACCGCAGUCCCCGUAACAUCAACAUGCUUUCUCGACGACACACGCAGGUCGUCCCCAACCGAGAGCCGUAGCGACACGGCAGAGCCGGUGGUGGCCAAAACGGCGCCAGCUCCAUGGAUAGACCCUACUGUUAGUGCUGCUCCUGUGGUGGAGUUUGUCGGCAGCGACAAACUAUCAGUCGGCCUUGAAGAGGAGCGGCCUACGCAAGAGUCGGGUACCGCACCCAAAUCACUCCUCAAGAAACAGCCGACAAAGCCUGAUAUCUACAACGUCAUCCGCUCGUACGAGAAAAAAUCGGCAGCUGGCACAAUAACGAGCUUGGAUACAUGUUCCGCCACCAUAUCCACCACGGAAUCAUCAAAGGCCACGCCGACGGUUGCUGUUGGUGAGCAGAUCUCAAGCCACGACGCUGAUGAUGGUAUCGAAACCGUCGAGCAGAACGACCAUGAGGUGAACCCUGACGUUCUCGAAGGAAGCGGCAUCGUGGGUGGGCGGCGGAAAAAGCUCCGUGGCUUCCGGGGUGGGCGCCCCCUAACGGUUCCUCCCCAGUUGACCAUCGUCACAUCACCUCCAUCCAAGUCGGCAGUUUCGAAACAACCGCAUCCCCCACCUCCUACUUCGGCUUCCGAAGAAGAUGUCCAAGCACCGGUGUCCCCGGCCGGAUCGUCGGACUCGUUCCACAGCGUCACUUCGUGGCACUCAGCAGCCAUGCCUCCUCUACCGGAUUCCCCGCCCAUGUCGCAGCCUGUCACGCCGUCGACGUUCCCGUAUCCGCACGACAACAUCCCGAUUUCCAAGGGCAUGUCCAACUACCGGGAUAUAUCUGAUUUGACAGCCACGCCCGACGCCAAGGGUAUCUGGGACAUGGCGUCACGCGGAUCGGACGAGAGCUCGCAGGAAAGCGCCGCGACAGCACCAGACGUAGCGCCAGAAGACACGGGGGACCACCGGGACCGCCGGGACCACCAUGGGCCGAAAUGCCCAGCGUCGGAGGACGAAGCCGUGUCGACCGCGACGGUCGCGGUCCGGCGUCCUCACCUCCGGCACAGGGCGACGGCGAGCAGCAUUUCCGUGAGCAGGGCCCUGUCGCCGUUGCCGCCCGCGGCCAACCUCUUCUCGCCGACCUCCUCGUCGCACCGCAGGAAGCGUCAGACGCGCGGCGGACGGCUGGACCUGGUGCGGCAGCUCCCCAUGGCCAUCGUGGCCAAGACGUGCGAGAUCUUGCUGAGCCCGCCGAGUCACCUCAUCAACCUGAUGCUGCGCGUGGCGGCGCGCAUCGCAGCGGGGGAGUGGCGCGGGAUGGUCUUCGGGUACGGCGACGGCGGCGAGGAGAUCCCGGUGCAUUGGGAUUACUCGGACGACGAGCUGAGUGACUGGGACGACGGCCACGAGUAUCACGACGUGGACCGGGUUGGGAGGUCGCGCAUCAACGGCGGGACGGGGCGGAGCUGGGAGGUUGAUUGAGCGGCACGUUCCUUUGGCUGUCUACUCUACCCUUGUACUAGUAGUAAAUUUGUUUUUUUUUAUAUGUUCCGAUCACCGAGGGGUACGGCGUUGGAAGGAACCCGGGGAUUUUGUGAGAUGAUGGUUAUAAUGGCGGGGCCAAAAGAUUUUGGUCUUUUAUCGGCUGGAUUAACGUAUGGAAUUCUUCGGGAAAGGAUUGGAAAGGGCUGGAGUUGGUAGAUGACUGAUGGACCCGGGGGGUUUUGCUCGUUGAGGCGUGCGCCAUCGUGCCAUCGUGCCAUGACGGAAAGGACAGGAAUGACUUCCCAUGUAUGGGGAAGGUCAGAACCGACCCUGGUCGUCUGUAUAUGAAUCUCUCUUUAGUUGUAACACCCACUAAGGUACACACACGCAGCACGGUAUUAGUACUUGCAACAAUGGGUAAUGGUGAAUACGGUACAAUACCAAGCUUCCCAGC